AUGAAGGCUAAAGUCCCAAAAGACUUCAAAGCCCCUGACAUGACCCCAUACAAUGGCACAUCUGACCCAAGUCAUCAUCUCAGCAAUUUUAGGAGCCGGAUGUAUCUCACAGAUGCCUCGGACGUGACCCAUUGCAAAGCCUUCACGACCACCUUGACCAAGACGGCAAUAAAGUGGUUCGACAACCUGCCUCCAAGAUUGAUCACAAACUUUGGCAAUCUUGCCAAAAAGUUCCUCGCCAGGUUCUCCAUUCAGAAGGAUAAAGCCAGACACGCUCCAAGCCUGCUAGCAAUUAAACAAGGAGAUCGGGAAAGCCUCCGUAGCUACAUGAAAAGAUUCAAUAAAGCAUGUCUUGACAUACAAAAUCUCCCUACAGAAGCAGCCAUCAUGGGACUCAUCAACGACCUACGAGAAGGACCCUUUAGCCACUCCAUAUCCAAAAAGCACCCAACAUCUCUGAAUGAGGUACAAGAACCGGCGGAAAAGUAUAUCAAUAUGGAGGAGAACUCCCGAUUAGGAGAAACCUCAAAGACCGAAUUCUCCUACCCACCUCGGAACAAGGAUAAAGAGUCCAGGAAAACAGAGGAACAACUUACUGAGAAACCCAUAAAAUCCUCAUUAAAUUUCUCAUCAUCUCGUUCUUCUCGCCAUCAUAUCGUGGUCAAAGCCACCGAUGACUCUUCCAACCUAUCCGGUGAUGAUCCUUUUCGAUCUUUCCCGUGGUUCCAAUCCGACUCUGAAAUUCAAUGGGUUCAUGAGGAUAGAAUUACAUUGUUCACCGCUGAUGGACUGGUGCAGAUUGGAGGCUCCAUCACCCCUCGCCAUGUUAGCUCUUCAGAUGUAGUACCGAAGACUAUUGGAAAAGAUAGGAUGCUGCUCAAGUAA